AUGCCUUUCGGUCAGAUUGUUAUUGGACCUCCUGGAUCAGGGAAAACUACGUACUGUAAUGGAAUGUAUCAAUUCUUAACUGCUACUGGAAGAAAAGUUUCAGUUGUUAAUCUAGAUCCAGCAAAUGACUUUUUACCAUAUCAAUGUGCAGUGAACAUUGCAGAAUUAAUUACGUUAGAAGAAACAAUGGAAGAAUUGAAGUUAGGGCCCAAUGGUGGUAUGAUGUAUUGUAUGGAAUUUUUAGAAAAGAAUUUUGAUUGGAUUGAAGAAAAAUUGAAAGCUUUGGGAGGUAUAAUCGAUUCUCUAAGUAGUAUAUUUACGAAUUGUAAAAAUUUCAAAAAUAUCAUCGAACGAUUACAAAAAUUGGAUUAUCGGCUCGUAACUAUUCAUUUAGUCGACGCGCAUUAUUGUACAGAUCCAACAAAGUAUAUUUCGGUUUUAUUACUUUCACUUAAAACAAUGUUACAAAUUGAAUUGCCACAUAUUAAUGUACUAUCAAAAGUGGAUUUAAUGGAAUCUUAUGGCAAACUAGCUUUUAAUUUGGAUUUUUAUACUGAAGUGCAGGAUUUAUCAUAUUUGUUACAACAUUUGGAUGAAGAUCCUUUUGCUCGUAGAUUUAAAGAAUUAAAUAAAGCAUUAUGUGGACUAAUUGAAGAUUUUAGUCUAGUCGGAUUUAAUACUCUUUGUAUUGAGGAUAAGAAAUCAGUAAUGAAACUUGUUCAAGUUAUAGAUAAGGCAAAUGGAUAUGUAUUUGGUGGAUUAACUGAGGGAAAUGAGAGUAUAAUGUUGACAGCAAUGGGAACCAAUACAUCAACUCUUAGUGAUAUAUUAGAAGUACAAGAGAGAUGGUUAGAUCAUAAAGAAACUUAUGAUGAUUGGGAAUAUAAACAGCAGAAAAUGGAAUAA